AUGGCGGCAUCGGAGGUUGGAGAACCAACUGGAUGCGAGGAAAUUCAACUCCCGCAAGCGACCGACAUCUAUCUCGCACCCCAGGAUUCCUCCUGGCUCCGGCGGACCCGAGGACAAGUUGAUGUUUUAUUUUCCUGCCUUGGAUGUGUAAAAUACCGAUUCUUCUCCUCGCUGAAGCCUGUGACUGUUGAUAAGCGCAGAGAAUCUUCGGGACCAACAUCUGACGGUUGUGCUGGAGAUUUGCUGGGCUUAAGAUUGGAGUCGGAGGGUUGUGCACCUGAUCUUGAAAUCAAUCCCAAAUAUCCUUUGUAUCAUAUCCUUGCAUCACUGGCUCAUAUUGAUCUCUUAAAUCCUUUUCCUUAG